UUCUCGCGGAGAUUUAUUUGUAUGCCUCCGACUUCGUAACGCCAUCUAGCGAAUGAAUGCGUGGAGUGAAAAACUGCAGGUGCACGUUCAGCAAUGUUGAAAAGCCGACGAAAUACGAUCGCUACCUUAUGUUGCAGUAUUAGGGCGGUUUUAUUUUGAUUGUGCAUGUCUUUGGUAUGCGUUCUCCCGGUAUUUUUGGUGGAUUCAGAUUGCUGAGCGAGAACUGCAAGUUGAUUAAUACUGGAAAAUCCCUUUAUUCGAGUGAAGCUCAGAACGAAAGAGGUAAAAUCAAAUUAGUGUUGGAAUCUCAAAAAACUGCUCUGUUGCGACGUCUACAAAAUUUUAAUGACAAGUACGAAGAAUAUGUCGGACUUGCGGACGUCCAAGCAGCGCAAAAGAAAGUUAAAGAGGCUGAAUUGAUCUUUCUGGGUGCUCGCUCGAAGGAGAGAACGAUUCUACGACAGAUGGUUGCUACAAGAGAGAAACUAAAGAAUGUCAGGGAAAGAUUAAGUCAUGUUGAUUACUCGAACACAAUGUAUUUACAACUUGCUUCUGAGCAACAUGAACUUGUCAAUAUAGAAGAGAGUCAGAGAAGGGAACUUGAGGAAGCUGAAGAUUUGGAGAGAGAUUCUUUUAUCGAUUUGUCGAAUGCAAUGAGAGAAAGUUAUGAACAUGAGAGAGCAAGAGUUGAAAGAACAAAGUAUUGGUCGAUUAUUGGAACUGUGAUUGGCACAUUAAUAGGCAUGAUGGGAUCAAUUUACGUGAACAGAGUUAGAACUAAGGAUUUGAUGAAAGCUGUGAAAGAAUCUGGAAAUAAAAAUGACCUUGCUGCUAAGAUUGAUACACUGUCUGCAUCUAAUGAGGAGCAAAGAGUUGCUUUCACAUCUGCCUUGAAUAUCAUAGCGGAAAAUAUCGUGGAAAUGGGCAAUGCUCUUCAAGUUCAAAACUUACAAGCUAUGGCCGGUUUUGUCAAUGAAUCACUGACUGACCAACAAACAAGAGCCAUACAUCCAAGCCAACCGGAUAAAAAAUCAACGCAUGUACCCCUGACAGCACUUACACAUGAAUUGUCUAAUUAUAAUGUAGCUUUGACUUCACUCGCAAAUGCAGUAACCGCUCUUUCAAAUGCCGGGGCACCGUUAGAUAGCAGUUCCUCGAUGAAGAUAGAAGUUUUGUUACAAAAACAAAUUGAAUCUACAAACCUUCUUCAAAACAGAUUAGAUGAAAUGAUAACAUCGGCAAAUGAGCUCGGUUUAUCUGGUAUAAACAGUCAAUUAAAAGAGAUCAAGUCCAAAUUGUCAUCCAUUACAUUUUCAAAUUCCAUUGAGUCAGAGUUUGACGAUUCUCCCAUUAUUCGUGAAUUACACAGUGAGGAUGAGACACCGCCGAAAGAACCUAACUGGGGUGUUGGGGUUAAAGAUGUUGUACUCUGGGGUUCAGUACUGUGUUGUUUAUACAUGUUUAUUAAAUUUUGAUUAUGCUGCCUGCAAUAAAUACACUGUCUCUUUGGUCUUAA